GACUCGAGUGAACUUUAUCUCAUUCAGGCAUCAAUGCCAGAUCAUCUUAUUUAAAACUUAAAACAGGGACGCUGAGGAAAAAUACACAUGCACACACAGAUCUAGGUAUCGUCAGACUGUCAUGAUUAACGAAUAAAUAUUUAAACACUUCACAGGGUUGGUGCUGCUGCAGCUGGAAAAACAAAAGACUUGUAUAAGAACAUAUUUGUUUUAUUGUUUUUAAAAUGCUAGAUUGAGAUCGUUGCGUUUGUAUUGUGCAGCACCUCCCUCUUGACAACAUUACAAUACACAAUGCAUCCUCCUGAGCCGUUAGGGUAGAUUAACAAGUUUGGGCAGAAAACCAAUGACUUAUAUGCAGUGAAUGAGGAACAAUUAAGCUCAUUGAAGGUUUCUGUCUCAUGUAACGAGUGUGUUUGAUUAAAGUCUCUUCACCAAGCAGACAUGGAGAUGAUGAGAUAUAAAACAGUGAUAAGAUUCCUCUUUAGCACUGGGAUCUUUUUUCAAGUCUGCGAAUCAGACGUGAGUUGCAGGAAUGACGAUGGAGACGAGGUCGACUGGUACAUCUUAUACAAGUUGCCCAAAAUGAACGACGGUGGUCUGUCAUAUCUGUACAUGGAUGAGAGCACCAAUGGUUGGAUACGCAGCAGAGAGAAUAUCAACAGCAGCUCUGGCACCCUGGCCCACACCCUGAAACCUCUUCUCGACUUCUACGACAGAAAGACGGAAGGAUUUGGAUAUCUGCUCUAUAACGAUCAGCCUCCAAAGCAAGCUACUUCAUCAUUUGGACACAGUAAAGGAGUCGUAAUGUUGGACAGACGAACUGGAGUCUGGCUCUCUCACAGCACACCAAAAUUUCCAACAUAUCGCAGUAAAGACUUCUGGCCCAAAAGUGGAAACCCUUAUGCUCAAACAUUUAUAUGUGUCACUUACUCCUAUAGCAAUUUCACAGAUAUUGGACUGCAGCUCAAAUACAUCCACCCUUAUUCAUACGACUCUAGCAUACCCAAAACCUUUCCACCUGAGCUGCGCUGUGUGACACAGAGAGCCUGCUACCCAAAGACGACGCCCUGGUCUAGAAAAGCCGCGCUGACGUCGGUGAACGGACAGAGGUUCACCAGCUUUGCAAAAUACACACGAUUUGGGGAUGAUAUCUACUCUGGCCUCAUUGUAAGUCACUUGAAGCAGGAUCUGUACGUCAAGAGCUGGGGAAAGAUGAGUCGCCCUCUGCCUUCUACCUGCAGGGGCCCUCACCAUGUGUACAAUGUGAAGAAGGUACAACUUCCCGGCACGCAGCCCUUCACAGACACUGUCGAUCACUCCAAGUGGAGCGUGACUGCUGACCGUGGCUGGACCUGCAUCGCCGACAUGAACAGGGAGAUGAGUCAGAUGGGCAGAGGUGGAGGAGCCAUAUGCAUCAAUGAUACUGUGAUCGGUGACGCUUUCUAUUCACUGAUUAAAGAGUAUGAGCGAUGUGAACCUGAACGUGUUGGUGCUCCACAAAGAGAGCUUUAAAGGCACAACCCUCUGAAUAUUUUAUUUUAUUAAGUCAGGAAACUGAAGUGACUAAUCCAGAAAAAAACUUUUGUUGUACUGCAUAAAUUUGUAGAAGUUAUACCUAAGUUUGCUUUAGUGUAUGAUCAACUCUGUCUUUUAUUUUGGUGUGGUUUAUUUCUACAAAUCAAAG